UUCAGUGUUCGCUGAAGCCUUUAUCGUGAUCAAUUAACUUAUUUAAAUAGAGUUUCAAUAGAGUUUUGUUCAUUUUGGAAAUUUUCCUUAUUUUGGCUAAUUAAUUUUGGAGGUCAAUAUGACAGGCAUCUCCUUCGCUUUUAUUUUGCAAAUCAUAUUUUGCUAUUCGCUAUGUCAGGGGAAUAAUUUCCAUCAAAGCUUUCAUCAGUCAAGUUCACAUCCUGGUCAUAACGGCGGUGUAUCUUCCAACUUUAUAUCUUCUGGUGAUAACAGCAUUACGAUCAAUAGAAGAGUUGGACAUGACAAGGAAUACAUUGACUACUUGAGAGUUUCUAAUCCAAAAAUUAUAAUUGAUGGAGAUUACUUCUCAUGCAGUUCAUUGGUUUGUCCUAAAUCUGCCUUCAAAUGUGAAGUAGUCAGCGAAGCAAUUGCCGAUGACAUUGGAAAUAUGAAAACUACUGCUGAAUGCUUCAACGCAAAUGACGAAUCUUUAGAAAGGAAAGAAUUUACUGAAGUUAAUCCUUAUCCAGGCGUGAAUCCUUUGUACAGUCGUUAUGCAAUUGUUGAUAAAGAUGGAGCAAUGAGCGUUAAAGAUAGCAACGGCAAUAACGUUCACAACACAGCAAAGCAUCUUACCAAAGAAGAACAAGAGCAACUUAAUAAUGAAAUCGAACAACAGCAAAAGCAAUUUCAACAACAAAUGAAUGAAUUUAACAAGAAUAUGCAACAAGCUUUUGGAAAUGGAUUUCCUUUUGGAAACUCGAAUCCUUUCGGCAAUGGAUUUCCUUUUGGAAAUUCGAAUCCUUUCGGCAAUGGAUUUCCUUUUGGUAAUACUAAUCAAUUUAAUAAUUUCCAACCUUAUGCUUACCGUUAUCCAUAUUUCCCUUUUAAUUCCCCAAAUUAUUAUUCUUAUAACCAUCAAAACUAUGACACUGACCCCACUAAUCAAAAUUAUUAUCAAAACAGGAGACUGAAUGCAUGAAGAUCCUUGCAUGAAACCCUCAACUUUAUAUUAAACCACUUGAACUUUUUAUUAAUUAUAUGAAUACACGAAUAAAAUUUAUCAACUAUAAGAUGAGUUUUUUAAAUAAAAUUAUUUG